CAUCACCAUAUAACACGUAUUGUGCGGUUUGCAAUUUGUGCGAGAAAGUGCUGUUUUCAUUAAAGAAUAAUCAUUAUAUUUUGCAUUCCGUGAAAAAAAUUAUUUGGGAAGAGAGGUGGCUUUGUAAGCCCACAUUUAAACAAUUAAAGUGAAGGAUAAAAAUUGUUAAGUACAGGAAACGAAACCCCAGAACAACACCUGACAACAUCGGCCGUCCCUUUUCGGUAAAGGUUUGAACGAACUGCAGCUGCAAAUCUAGUUACAAUCCAAACAUUCGCACCGAAACGAACAAAUACAAAGAAAUACUAUUAAAGUAAACAAAAAAUAUACAUAUAAUAAUCAACAGCGACAACAACAACAACAUACAAUUUUAGGCGCAAGUUAUAAAGUUAUAACUCAACAUUUGUGACUACAGCAACGUGGGAAGUGGCAGUAAGCUCAUAGAAAUCGGUUGGCAAGUGAAGCAACAGCAGCACCACAAAAGCAUACCAAUACAAAAAGAACAAAAACAACAGCAAGAAGAUGGCAACAACUGCACGUAGCGGUGGCAAUGCCAGUGGCAGCACAGCUCAGCGACCCAACGGUACACAGCAAAAUAAGAAUUGCCAAUUCAAAUUGGUGCUAUUGGGCGAAUCGGCGGUGGGCAAAUCAUCGCUGGUGCUACGUUUCGUUAAAGGGCAAUUCCACGAAUACCAAGAGAGUACGAUAGGCGCUGCAUUUCUAACACAAACCAUCUGCAUAGAGGAUACGGUGGUAAAAUUUGAAAUUUGGGAUACGGCCGGUCAAGAACGAUAUCACAGCUUAGCUCCUAUGUACUAUCGUGGUGCCCAAGCCGCCAUCGUUGUGUACGACAUACAAAAUCAAGACAGUUUUCAGCGUGCAAAAACCUGGGUCAAGGAACUGCAUAAACAAGCAUCGCCGAACAUUGUUAUUGCCCUGGCUGGCAAUAAAGCGGAUUUAUCAAAUAUACGUGUUGUAGAAUACGAAGAAGCAAAGCAAUAUGCCGAAGAGAACGGUCUAUUAUUUAUGGAAACCUCGGCAAAAACGGGAAUGAAUGUGAAUGAUAUAUUCUUAGCUAUAGCUAAGAAAUUACCUAAAAACGAUGGAGCACACAAUCAAGGCGCUCCUGCUGGUAGAAGGCUGAAUGAUAAUGAAAAUAACCGACAAACAAACAAUUGCUGCAAGUGAUGUCCUUUUGUAGAAAAUGAAAUUUCCAAUGAGAGAUUUGAAAAAAUUAUGCUGAUAAUUAUAAAUAAAAAAAUAAAUAUAUAAAUUACAUAAAAAAAAGAAACAAAAACAAACCAGAAUUAGAAAGCAGAAACAAAAAUAAGGAUGAUGAUGAUGUUGAGUGUGGGAAAGCAACCAAUAAUAAUAUUAAUAUAUAAAAUUUAAAUUAUGAAAAAUUAUGAUAAUGAUGGUAAUGCUAUGAAAAUAGAUUAAAAUAAAGUCACAUUAAAAAUCGAAAAUAGAAAACCAGAAAAUGAAAAUACAAAAAAAAAAUAUUAACGAAAAACCUUACCAAACAGGAACAAACGCCCCCCUUUUCAGCUCCCUCAUCCCCGCAUCAAACAGCAGCGUUUAAUAACUAACUACAGCCGCCUGUGUGGCAACUGUCAACAACGUACACUCCACUACACCCCUCCGUAACCACAGCGUUUCAUAUAUGUUUCAGUUACUCCGCAAAAACAUUAAAAUCGCAAAAUAUCUACAAAAUCAGCAAAUAUACCAAGG